AUGGCCUCGCCAUUUCAAAAUACCUAUCACCUCCGUCGCGUAGCCGACACCUCUGCUAAAUCAUGCUACAUUUGCUACAAACCCUCGACCUCGGUCCUCAUCACUCCCGACAACAAGGAUUUCUUCUACAUCUGCCCCUCCCACCUCACCGACCGAAACUUCUGCUCCCCUAUCAUCGAUGCGGCGGAGGUUGAAGCGAAAGCGAAGCGCGAUGCUAUGGCCAAAGAGAUCGAGAAGGUAAAAAGGGAGUACGAGGAGCGGCAGGCGAGGAAAGCGAAGAAGAGUGGGGACAAGGAGAAAGAAAAGGAAAAAGAGAAGGACAAGGACAAGAACUCGAAAGAAAAGGAUGGAGAGGACAAGGACGACAAGGCCGCAGAGAAGGAGCGCGAUGACAAAAUUGAUGCGAUCAAGAAAUCCGGGGAUACCACAACGCCGAGCACGGAUGAUUCGCCGCGGAUCUUCGCGCUGCACAAGAACUUCUACCAGAUGCGGAUUGACAGAAUGCGCAACGCUGAAGUCGCAAGGCGCAACCGGCAACGGCUGCAGGAUCCCUCGUUCUUUCCAUCCGUCCCGUCCGAUGGUAUUUGA